AUGGCGUAUGGGUCUGUUUCCCCUCCAAAAUUCACCUACCCCGUGCCGCAGCAGCAAGCUCAGCCCCACGUGCGGCUGCAGACAGCCCUGCCCGAGCGGUGUGCCAGACUCCUGCUGACAUAUGGGGCCACUGUUGACCUGCCGAGUGAGACCGGAAAGGAGACAGCGCUGCAUGCAGCCAGGCACUGACUCUGUGACCAUGCCCACCUCUACCUGCUGCACGUGGCAUGCAUUGAAGCAUGCAGCACACAGGAGGAUACAGCCCUUGGCAUCCUCUUUGGGCAGGAGCCAGGUGCCAGCAAGAGCUGCCUGCAGCUCUGCUGGUUGCUGACUGCCCACAAUGCCGACAUCAAUGCCUGGGAUGAGACACGGAGGAGUCCCUUGCACUCCUGGGAGCUGCGUCCCCACCUCAUAGUCCAGCUGCUGCUCAACCACAGCUCCCAAAAGAUAUGGCCUUCUGCCUUCAUCAAGGUGCUGAAGUCCUGCACAGCUGUGCCAGAGGUCAUGGAAGUCCUCUUCAAUUCUUACUCACAAAUCAUCUCCAACACAUGGGCCAGGGCUGUGCCAGAGGAGCAGCACCAACCAUUCUACGAGUCCUUUUUCCAGCUGGAGGACACAGCCUGGUGCCUGCAGCACUUCAGCCAUUCUACUAUUCGGAAAAAGUUUGGCAGCAAGGGCCAUUGCCUCGUGCCCUUGCUGCCUGUGCCCAAGGCUCUGCGUGAUUACCUGCUGCUGGAGCCCGAAGGAGUCAUACUUUGA